AUGGAAUCACGUCUAUCACGAGUAGCCAGACAAUGGCUGUGGAGGCCAACAUCAAAGGUUGCCCAGCUUAAGGGUUUCUCAUACUGCUCUCGUUUCAUCGCACAGUUCCACCGGCAUGCGUCCUCAAGAGCAUACAGUUCGGCCACGCAAAGGCCAUUUCGAGCAGCCAUCAUUGGCUCGGGCCCGGCAGGCUUCUAUACUGCUUAUCGGGUGAUGCAGAGAAUUGAGUCUUCUGUCAUUGAUAUGUAUGAACAUCUUCCGGUGCCAUUUGGUCUGGUCCGAUAUGGCGUUGCACCAGACCACCCAGAAGUCAAGAAUUGCCAGGACAAAUUUGAAGAAGUGGCCGAUUCGGCCCGGUUCAACUUCAUCGGCAACGUAGAUGUUGGCCAUCAGAUCUCCCUAUCAGCUUUAGCACCACACUAUGAUGCCAUCGUCUUUGCUUAUGGGGCUGCGAAAGACAAUAAGCUCGACAUCCCGGGAGAGCACCUGAAUGGGAUCUAUUCUGCCCGCGAAUUCGUCGGUUGGUAUAAUGGCCUCCCGGAGUUCGCUGACCUGAAUCCACGGCUUGACAAUGGCGAACAAGCGGUGGUGAUAGGUCAGGGUAAUGUCGCUCUGGACGUGGCCAGGGUAUUGCUCACCCCCCCAGAUCAGUUACGAGGGACUGAUAUGGCGGAAAACGCCAUUGACACGUUAUCACGGAGUCGGAUAAGAAGCGUGAAAGUUGUCGGCAGACGAGGCCCAAUGCAGGCGUCAUUCACAAUUAAAGAACUCCGCGAACUCCUUCAGCUGCCUUCGGUAUCGUUCACUUCUAUACCACCGCAUCUAUUGCCCCAGGAUCCAGCUAGACUUCCUCGCCAAUCGAAACGUCUUAUGCAGCUCCUUGCGAAAGGCUCGACGAAUCAUGUAUCCUCAAAGAAUUGGGACCUUGACUUUCUCAUGUCUCCAACUUCGUUUCAUCCGAGUCCAGGAAAUGCAGAACAGCUAGCCAGUGUAUCUUUCAUGAAAAAUGAGUUCAGAUCAGGCGCUGAUCCCCUCGACAAGAGUGCUCGUGUUCAAGCAUUAGUUCCCGGUGAUGACAUUCCUGCGUCGGCAGCUUUCAGGUCGGUUGGGUACAAGUCUCUGCCAUUGCCGGGAAUGGACCAUCUUGGUGUUUCAUUUGAUCUGGGAAGAGGAAUCAUCAUCAAUGACGGCCUUGGCCGUGCAAUUCGAGAAUCUGCCAGCGAUCACGAAGCCUUUACAGCCAUCCGCGGGGUGUACUGUGCUGGUUGGGUCAAACGAGGACCUGUCGGUGUUAUUGCUAGCACCAUGCAAGAUGCAUUCGCCACAGCCGACUCGAUAGUCGAGGACUGGAACCAAGGCUUGCUGGAGGAUCCAAGUCCAAACGGCGCAAGGACAGGAUGGGAAGCCGUUCGGGAGGCGGCCGAAAAGGCAGCCUGCAGACCAGUCAGCUGGUCUGAAUGGAGGAAGAUUGAUCAAGUUGAGAAAGAGCGAGGCCAGAAGUCGGGAAAACCUAGGGAGAAGUUGACAAGCGUAAAAGAAAUGCUCGAAGUGCUAGACGGAUAA